AUGGACCAACCGAUCCACGCGGCGCCCCCGUCCGUCGUGGAUUCCGUCGAGGGCCGUGUCGAGAUCGACCCGGCCGAGGUGGACUCGGCCUACGAGGGUGACGGGACCGACGUCGCCUCGACAACGACCUCGCUCCGCAGCAGCAUCGUCCAGUAUGAGUGGAAGAAUGGCCGUCGCUACCACAGCUACCAGUCGGGCACCUACUCCUUCCCCAACGACGAGCGCGAGCAGGACCGCCUCGACAUGGUCCACCACGCCUUCACCCUCGCCAUGAACAGACGCCUCUUCGUGGCCCCCCUCUCGGACCCCAAUCGCCUGCGCAUCCUCGACGUCGGCACCGGCACCGGCAUCUGGCCCAUCUGCAUGGGCGACAGCUUCCCCGGCGCCGACAUCACCGGCAACGAUCUCAGCCCCAUCCAGCCCACCUGGGUCCCCAACAACGUCCGCUUCAUCGUCGACGACGUCGAGCUCGAUUGGAGCCACCCCGAGCACUACGACUUCAUCCACGUCCGCUACAUGGCCGCCUCCAUUCGCGACUGGCCGCGCCUCUUCCGCCAGAUCUUCGACAGCCUCAAGCCCGGCGGCUGGGUCGAGUUCCACGAGUCCGACAACGCCAUGUACUCCGAGGACGGCAGCCUCGACCCGGACAACCCCCUCGUCGAGUUCCUGCGCUGCACCGCCGCCGCCUGCGACCGCCUCGGCCGCCCCAUGGACCCGGCCCCCAACUUCACCCGCUGGGCCCGCGACGUUGGCUUCGUCCGCAUCAAGGAGCAGCGCUUCAAGCUGCCCGUCGGCAUCUGGCCCAAGGACCCGCGCUUGAAGGAGAUUGGCGCCUUCAUGAGCUGCAACUUCUUCGAGGGCAUCGAUGCCUUCACCAACGUCCUGCUGCGCGAUGUCCUUGGCUGGACCCCGGCCGCCGUCGAGAUGAUGAACGCCCGCGUGAGGGCCGCCUCGAGGCGCAAGGACGUCCACCCCAUAUUUGACCUGCUGGCCGUGACGGCACAGAAGCCGCUUUAA